UCCUUUCAUACAUUUUAGUGCUAAGAUGGCAGAAUAACCAUGGGAGACUGGAAUUUCCUUGGAGGCAUUUUAGAGGAGGUCCACAUUCAUUCCACUAUUAUUGGAAAGAUUUGGCUAACGAUCCUCUUCAUAUUUCGAAUGCUUGUCCUUGGAGUGGCAACUGAGGAUGUUUGGAAUGAUGAGCAAUCUGAAUUCAUAUGCAAUACUGAGCAACCUGGUUGCAGAAACGUGUGCUAUGAUGAGGCCUUUCCCAUCUCACUCAUACGGUAUUGGGUCUUGCAAGUUAUAUUUGUCUCUUCCCCUUCCUUGGUGUAUAUGGGUCAUGCCCUAUAUAGACUAAGAGCCUUGGAAAAAGAGAGGCAGAAAAAGAAAGCUCAGGUAAGAGUGGAACUUGAAAGCACUGUACUAGAAAUGACUGAAAAUCGGAGAAGGCUGGAGAGAGAGCUCCGGCAAUUGGAUCAAAGAAAGAUAAACAAAGCACCCCUGAGAGGCUCUUUGCUCUGCACUUAUGUGAUUCAUAUUUUCACAAGAUCUGCAGUGGAAGUGGGUUUUAUGAUUGGGCAGUAUCUUCUUUAUGGCUUUCAUCUAGAUCCCCUGUAUAAAUGUCAGCGAGAUCCAUGUCCAAACAUAGUUGACUGCUUUGUAUCUAGACCAACAGAAAAGACAGUGUUCAUAUUAUUCAUGCAAUCGAUAGCAACUGUGUCAUUGCUUUUAAAUAUCCUAGAAAUUAUCCACCUAGGAUUCCGAAAAAUCAAAAUGGGGCUCUGUGGGCAGGCUAAAAGUAAAGAUGACCCUGACAACCUCUACAUAAACAAAUCUAAAAAAUACUCUGUGACACCACACUCCUCUUUGGGAAUAUCUACCACCCCUCAAAAAACUCUUCCUUCUGCACUUAGUGGUUAUACUUUUUUAAUGGAAAAGCAAACUGGCACUGCCAUCUACCCGGUUCUGAGUUCUCCUCCCAUGUUUCAGUCUGUGCAAAAUAACUGUACAGAAAGCAGCUGCAAUUUUGCCCAUCGCAAUCAGGAAAGUAAAUUGCCAAAGAAGAGGUCAGCUACAAAUGCUUUAGACAAUCAGACUCAAAACAAUAGCACAAACAACAAGGAGGGCUUGCGCGGUGAGCUUGGGACUGAAGUGUGUGAUGCACAAAAAGAAGCUGGAAAGAAACAUUUCCUUGUUGUUACUCAGAAUGCAAAUAUAGCUUCUAGCACAUGCUUGAGAAACUUUGCUGAAAUGCCAUCUCAAACUCCACUACCACACCAUACAACUUUUCCUAUGGCCAGUUUCAGAAGACAACAUGGAAUCAGUUCAUCUUGGAAUCGCUCAGCAAUGGUUGAGAGUGCAGGAGCUUCCACAAAUUCUCUUCCAAAGAACAUCAACAGAAGACAAAGCAGUUUCAGUGCAAACAAAGCCCAAACUCCUUACAAUACUGAUGUAAAAACUUCUAGCCGACCAGAGACUCCUGACUCUACAGGGGAGGUGAGCUCAGAAUCUAAACAGAGUAGAAACUGCGAUAGUCCCAGGCCUGUCUCUCUGUCUAGGCGACUGUCGCUGUCAAGUAAUGCCAGCAGCAGGCAUGCCCCCACUGAUCUUCAAAUAUAGUGUGAGUUAACCUGUCAGUCACACCCAUCAAUGCAGGGAUAAUAGCUGAACAUUGCAACGUGAUCAAGACCAAUGGAUAAGAGUAGCUGAAAUAGUCAACCUUAACUAGUGGUUUCACAUUGGUAGGAAAGUUGUGUAGCCCAUUGUGUAUUAGCUAAAUAACUUUUAAACAGUCUUACUUAGUAAAGAAAGGAUGUCUUAGACUCAGAGUAUAAACUACACUACCCUUCCAUCUAAAAAGGAAAACAUUAAUCAUAUAAAUCCACACAGUAUGAAAAAUCAGGCAUAAAAUCACAGCUGGUAGUAUUUAAACUGAAUAAAAGUAGAAGACAAAAUUUACAGUGUAACAAUGUGUUUUAUGAGGACCAAUAAAUGCAAUUAGGCUAAAGAUGGCACUGGCAUUCUCAGGAUAAAUUCAUUAUUGGCAAAUAUGUUUCUGCUUAAUCUCUCCCAGAAUUCAAACAGACAUUUGAUAGCUGUCUGAAAGCAGAAUGACAAAUGCAUUCUGCUGGUUCAACUGCCUUAAAUACAAAAAGAACAAAAAAAAGAGGAUACAUGUAUCACUAAUUCUUUGAUGCCAGGGUACAGGUUCCUUUCAGUGUAUCACCACUGACUUCCUCAGUAGAAAAAUCAGUAAUCUCUUAUAGUAAACUAUUGCUGCUAAAUAUACUGUUAAACUUUUAAAGCACUGUGGAUUACAAAUGAGUUGUGAGCUUUGAGAUUUUGCAUAAUAAUAAGCCAGCUGCUUUUUUUUUAAUCAGAAGACAAGUUACUGAAGUUUAUUAAUCAUGAAUUUCAGAUUUCACAAACCAGAAGGCUUAAGAAAAAUGAUAAUACCUUCCUAGAGUCAGGGGAAUGUAAAAAAACACAUAAAACUUUUAUCAAACUGUAAAACUACUUCUGUAAGUGCUGUGGGGUCUGUAUGUCCCUCGAAUUCUGGCAAGCUGUUGAAUCAAAGUAUGCUUCUAACUGUUUAGAAGGAGCAGUUUAUGAUUUUUAUGGGGAUAAUAACAAAUACAGGACAUUCAUCAGCUCACUGCUCCAGUCCAUAUAGUGUAAGGCAAUUUCCAUGAAACAUCUUGAAAUAAUAAAGAGAGGAAGGAUGAACAACAGACUCUGUUAUGUUUGUAAUCAGGACUUCUAUGAAUGAAAUGUAUUUACCUGAGUUCCACAGCAUUGAUAGGCUACAAAUCUUGGUGGGGUGGCCACAUAAGGGAUACAUUAGUGUAUACAUGUGUAUUUUUUACUUGGAUUUAACUUACUGU